AUGUGGGAACUCGAUCAAAUUUCCAGUUCCUGUGUAGAAGCUGCAAGCUGUAGCCUCGAAGUGCUGGACGCCAUGAAAGAGCAGCGGAUCAUAGCCAACUUUGGGUUCUUCGACCUCGAUGCCGCCUUCUCUGCCGCCUUCGUCUUCGUGCUUGUAGACAGCAUACACGUACGCGCCAGCCAUCCCUCCAGCAUCGUCCAAAUUCGCAAGGCGUCCGAAGUCCUGGAGCACCUGGCAUCGCAGGGCAAUAUCGCGGCCCAAAAGCGCAGGGCAGACAUAAUCCAAAUGUGCAAUCACCUGGGCGUCUCAUUCAAUGAGGACACAAACGAACGGGCCGACAGAUCACCUAUGGAGAUUGACGGGGUUCGUGUAAACGAAGCGGGUACGGACGACGCUGAUGGUCGAACGCAACAUCAACACGACGAGGAUGGGCAUUUGAUCACAGUUCGAGGACGGGAUCAAGACCUGCAUCGUGUGGAAGAUACCGUGCCCCAGCAAGAGCUCCCGUCAUCUUCACAGUUCGACUGGGCCCAGGCCGCCGCCACACUGUUGGACCACAGCCUGGCCGACACGCAAGACCAGCAGCAAUCGAUGGCGGCAGCGCUAUCGUUUGGCGAAGGCGGAAACGAGAUGCUUGGCAGCCUGUACCCGGAGGACUUUUCUCUCACCGGCGUGGUCGAGACGGAUUGGGCCGAGUUUGCUAGACAGCUUGCUUCUCAAAACGAGCUUGGGGGGUGA